UUGCGAAGGUGGAGGAGCGGCGAACGUUUCCCCGACGCAGUGCUCUUCCGUGCCGGUCGGCGAACAGCGGGGGCUGCGGCCCGGGGCCGCGGGGCACCGGCAGGCGGCACCGCCGUGGCGGCUGCUGGCGCCCGCGCGGCGCGCAGGCAGGGAUCGGGCGGGCGCGGGGGCCGCCAGGAGUUGGCGGCCCGCGCAAGGGAGCGGCGCGGAAGGUGGGGAACUCUUCGAAAAAGAGAUGCACCGGGCGGGCCCUCUUGGAGCGCCCCCGGCAAAACAUACAAAAAACACCACUGAUCCGCGCGCUGGCGCUGUGCCGCUCCGGCGGGCGGGAUUUCGUGGCGGCGGUCGCCCGCGGCUCACCCCGGCGCCGCGGGGUGCCGAGCGAGGGGGCCUGCCGUGGGCCUUUGAACGAACCGCGCCGUCGAAUUCUGACCUCGAGCGCCCGGCUGCGAGGGAUCUGCGGUCGAAUUCUUCGCCGCGCGGGCUCGAGCGGAGGGGCAGGCGACGGAGGGAGGAGGAGGAGGAGGAGGAAGAGGAGGAGGAGGAGGAAAAGGACGAUACUACAAAAAAGGUGGCUGCUCGGCCAUUAAGGGCUGCGCCACCGCUGCCAGCAACCGGGGUCCUCUGCCCCGGGUCGCCACACGAAUUCCGUCUUGCAAAGCGGGGGGGGAGUGCGCGCAGAGAUCGGGGGAUCAAUUGACCACUUCACCGAUCCUGGUCAGGCCGAUCCUGGGACGAGGAUCGGCGAGGGCGAAGGAGAGAAACCUUGCUGCCGCCCCCGAGACGCCGCCCGGGGGGCCCAACGCCG